AUGGCCCUCCGUCGCCCCGUGACUCCCCCUCCUCCCGAGUUCGAGACGCAGGCCCCAACCCCCAUGCUGACGGCGCGCACCUUCGUUGUCAUCUGCUACAUCUCCGUGGCGCCGUGGAUCCAGUUCCACGAGUACAUUCUCCCCCAGCACGAGGACGAGCGCUUUGCCGAAUACUACGACCACUGGAUCCGCUUCGACGAGGACCCGGAGGCUUUCCUCCGCGAUCGGGCAGCCGCCGAGUCCGUCGAGGAGGGAGAGGGCGAGGGCGCUCCUGAGGAUGAGCUAGCGCUCGACGCGUCGUGGUACUACCGCGCUAUGGGACAGCAGUAG